UGAAAGGUUGAGUGACCCCGGGGAGGCGGCGCGGAAGGCGGGCGCGCUGUGAUGUGUACUUUCGCUUUUACUUUCUCUCUCCGCAGACUUUCUUUCCAUCGAAGCUGGUGAGGGCGGUCGGCUUGGAAUCCAGUGCAUGGAUACUUGGGUGAAGGUGGCGGGAGCGGCGCGACUGUAGGUGAGCGGCGGGCGGGGCCGGGUGCGACAUGGCCGGCGGCGCGCAGCAGUUCUGCCUCAAAUGGAACAACUACCACGUCAACAUCGCCAGCUCGUUCGACUCUCUGCGCGUCGACGAGGACUUUGUGGACGUGACGCUGGCCUGCAGCGGCUGCCAGCUCAAGGCGCACCGCAUGGUCCUCUCCGCGUGCAGCCCCUUCUUCCGGCAACUGCUCAAGUCCAACCCCCACCCGCACCCGAUCGUGAUCCUGCGCGACGUCAGCCAGUACAACAUGGAGCUGCUGCUGGACUUCAUGUAUCACGGCCAGGUGAACGUGGCACAGGAGCAGCUGCCCGAGUUCCUCAAGGUCGCCGAGCUGCUCAAGGUCAAGGGUCUGGCUGACGAGAAACGCGAGGAGGCGGUACGCGCCGGGCCCAAUGGUCAGCCGAGCGGCGUACGGACACCAUCCUCGUCGCCCGCGCCGCCGCCCUCACAACCCACCGCGCCAGCCCCCGACGAGUCUCCGCCACCGCCCGCCAAACGCCACCGUCCGCUGCCGCUGCCGGGACUGCUGCACCACCCGCCGCCGCCGGCGGCAGCCGCCCCCGCCCCCGCCCCCGCCGCGCCGCCGCCGCCGCCGCCCGGCGCGGGGUACGUGGAGCAGGCGCCCGUGAAGCGGGAGCCCGUGGAUACGGAGCUGGGGGAGUACGGCGCUCAGGAGGCGCACGGCACCCCGCCGCGCUCGGGCGGCGGCGGCGACGAGCGGCUGCGGGCGCUCCACCCGACCGGCCUCUCCCCGGAGGCCGGUCGGGUGGAGGUGCCGGCAGAGGUGGCGAUGGAGGAGGCCGAACAGCCGCUGCCGCCAGAGGCCAGCCGAGCGCAACCCGUCGGUCCCGGGCCGUCAACAGGGCCUCACGAAGCCAGCACCGACCCUCUGAGUCGGAUGCUGAUUUGUCCCUAUUGCCCCCACCUGUCCAGCAACUACGGGAAGCUCAAGGCGCACAUCGGCAAGGUGCACUUCCCGGUGCCGGUCACCUGCGCCGACUGUGGCAAGGUCUGCAAGAACAAGUACGCGCUGCAGGUGCACAAGAGCAAGUACCACCGCCGUAGCUGGCGACUGGCGGGGCCGCCGGGCAUCUACGGACCGCCGCCGGCCGGCUCGCCCGUCUCGCUGUGGCCCGAGCCGCCACUGGACGGCCCGCAGCUGGCGCGCCCGCCGCCACCGCCCCCGCCCCCGCCCACGCACGGCGACGGCGCCAAGAUGCUGGUGGGCGUAACGACCAGCGAGCCCCGCGGCGGCUUCAUGAGCUCGCGGCCGCCGCCGCCGGCCGCUGUGGCCCUGGAUGAGGAGGACAGCGGGUAGGCGGAACUGAGAGUCGCGCGGCAAGCCUGACCAACGGGCGGAGCUGGGAGAGAGGCGGGUCGCCGUCUGCUCGGGCGAGGGAGACUCGCGAAGGCCUCACGAGGGGAGAUUCGCGGCAACGCACAGUCAAGGAAGGUGCAAACGCUUCUGUGGUGCUGCUCGCGCUUUUGCGUUUUAGAGCGUCCUUGUCGAGUUGUAUGCAAUGCAGAGACUCUGUGGAGUAGUAGGUAAAAGUACGUAUAUUUGUAGUCAUGCGUUCUUUGUCGCUAAACGAAGGCGAAAGUGAAUCUACAAGCAGAUAGGUAUUUAUUUUUGUAGGGGACUGACGUCGUGAUUGUCGUUCCCUUCCCCUCAGCGUGUACGGGUCUAACCAGCUAGGUUUUGUAUGUGCCUUAUCACGCGCCUCCUCGUUUGUCGGGUUGUCGGGUGGUGUGAUUUGCCCUGGUGCUGUCCUUGCUGGGUCGUGCAGCGUGGCUGCUAUAUUCUACUGAGUCUGUAGCCGAGUACAGUUGUUCGUGUCGUGUGACAAAUCUGCAGCUCAAUUCACCGGACUGCAAAGCCGCAAGAUGACCUCGUUAUUACCACUUUGGCCGUUUGAGCAAACAGCUUGUAUUUUUAUGUUCAUUUUACUUAAGUUGGUAUUAUGUUUACCAGGAAUCGGAUCCUGUCGAAAUACCUCCAUGCGCAGUUACCGAGUAGUGAUUGACGUACCCACAUGUAGCAUAUUUACCCCCGCAGCCCCCGCCUGCGGUUCGGGUUGAUAACCCGAGAGACAGUCUCGACCGAAACGCUUGCCUCAUUGCUACUGGUACAGGUGUAUGAAUGUUUGUCAUGUGUGUCUGCGUGUCUUUCCUCCGUGUUAAACUGAAGUUACCAGCCGUGCUCACGCGCUCCGGCGCCCUGCAAGUGUCGUACAACGCUGCACGCUCAGUGGCGGCAGUCCAGUAUACUCAUCCGUUGUGUUCCGUUUGGCCGCCGCGUGGCACGUGGCACACGUUCAGCCACGUGUCGAAUCGCACUGCCGCGAGGGUGCACGAUGUGUUUGAUGUCGCUCGAGCGGGUAGUCAAACGGUGUGAUGAUGCGUUGUAGGUUAGCUGACUAAGAAGUCCUAGAAUGGCGUGUAGCGAAGUCGAUGGCGCCCGAUACCUCUGAUGUGUUGCGGGACCUGGGGCCUGCGGGCCUAUGUUUGUUGCGGGACCUGUGAACGGUAGUGAGUGACGUCUUCCAGAGAGCUGGGGGCAGGCGCAGGCCGGUGGCGUGCCCGGAUCGAGGGAACGGGUACCGGAGCAGGAGUUCGCCCCUCGCAGUUCUGACCCUCUGCUUAUUCAUGCCGCGGAACUCACUUUGAAACAUCUGAUGCUCUUGACAUUUGCAUCGCGAGACAAGGACCACGGUUUUGGCAAACAUUUUGAAAGCUGCGUCUUCCAUUUAAAAUGGUAUCUUUACAAGCAUACGAAAACCCAAUUCCGUGUUGCGGGAGCCGUUCGAUUGUAAUGUUCCCAGCGCGGAUGAUCAAAUGGCGAACCUGAGGGGAUCCUGCCUCCGGUGUCCUUGCCCUUCGAUCCGCGCACAUGCCGCCUGAUUGGUGACGCUAGGUGUAGUGGCCUGGGCCGUGUAGGCGCUUUGGUGGAAGUCUUUCUGAAGUGCGCAAAUACAGAUGCUGAGAGUUUUG